AUGCGGACCUCCAUCGCGCGCGCCGCCGCGCGUCGCGCGCUCGCGUCCUCCCUCGCCGCGGCGUCGCUCGUCCUCCUCGCCGUCUCGCGCCUCCUCGGCGUCGGUCGUCGUCGUCGUCGCGGAGGAGGAGGAGGCGCGAGGACGCGUCGGACGAUCCCGUCCCUGGUCGCGGACACGUCCAAGUCCAUCGCGGCCCUUCGCGCGCUCGAGUCCGACCGCGCGCCGCGCGAUCGCCUCUUCCGCGACCCGUUCGCCGCCGCGCUCGCGGGCGAGGACGCGAUGCGGCGCGCCAUCGCGCGCGGCGGCGACGGCGGUCGCAUCGCGAUCCGAACGCGCUACUUCGACGACGUCGUCGUCUCGGCGCUGCGCGGGGACGGGUACGGGGACGGGGACGCGGAAGAUGGAACGUCAACCGGCGCGUGGCAGGUCGUCCUCCUCGGCGCGGGGCUCGACGCGCGCGCGUGGAGGCUCUCUCCGGGGAAGCGCGUCGCGAGAGCGCGCGCGCUGUUCGAGGUGGACGUGCCGGAGGUGCUGGAGAGGAAGCAAAGCGUCAUCGCGUCGGGCGCGUUCUAUCAUCACACUGUCUCCGCGGGCGCGGGCGCGGGGCCGCCGCCGCCGCUGACGCUGACGCGCGCGUACCACGCCGUGUGCGCGAAUCUCGCGCGUCGCGACUGGACGACGAGGUUGCGUGACGCGGGGCACGACCCCUCGACGCGCACGGUGUGGGUGCUUGAAGGGCUGCUCUACUACCUCUCGCAGAAGGAUUCGGGCGCGCUCGUCGCCUCGUGCGUCAACGUCGCCGCGCUGCGACGGGCGAGGGCGGGGACGGGCGCGCGCGCGACGUGGCGGAGCGCGUACGACGAACCGGAGCGCGCGUUUUCGUCGCUCGGGUGGAACGUCGAGACGGCGAUGGAGCCCGGGGACGCGACGUGCGACGCGCGGUACGGCGGUCGGUGGGAGGGAAAGACGCCGACGCGGCGGGGCGGGGGCGGGGAUGAGGGAGGGAGGGCGAACGAUUUCGGCGGGAACGACGGGGACGGCGGGGACGGCGGGGACGGCGGGGACGGCGGGGACGGGGACGAUCCGACCCCGAGGACGUUUUACGUCAGCGCGGUGUUGAAGUGA